GCAAGAGAAAAACACAGGAAAUCCAUCCAAUUCAUCAAAUUCCAUAGAAUUUCCUUAUUUUCUAAAGAAGAGAAUUCCACGUGUUUUUUAUUGUUGUUUCUUAGAAAUUAUUCUUUCUAACAAACAUUACAUUUUUCUCUGAUCGUAAAUCCUUGUCUGAUUGAUCCUUGGCUUUCAAUCCUCUUCUUCCCAGGUACAAGCCAUUGAAAAGAAAAAGGGUUCAAUACCUGCGAAUCAUUUUCUCACACUGCCACUGGAUUCGAUAAAUGUGCGCCUCAUGUCAAACUCCCCUACUGACUCCAGAAAUGCCGCACACACCUCUCCGGUGAGUACUGAGCAAGGUCAACAAAUCUCUCAGGAUGGCGAUCAAAAUAAAGCACAAAGAUGGGCCAGCGCGCCACCAAGAUCACCAAGGUCUACUCAAACCUCUUUGUUAACCCAAGCUCUGUCCACGACUCAUCCAGAAUCUGCGGCAACCCAGAUCGAUCCGGCUCCUCGCAGAUCUCGAAAUACAAUGUCCAGCACAAUGCAACCGUAUCCUUCUACCUCGAACCAUCAAUACCAGAAUGAAAGAAACGCAACUUUGGCAGAGGCAUUGAAUGAUAUGGUAGUCGGCACAGCAUCUAUCCAACUCAAUUCAAAUAGGCCUGUCAGUGCUGGGGCAACUCCAUCCGUAUCCACCGGAUUUCUUUUCGAUAUGGAGCAAGUCAAUGAUAUUCUCUCUGGCCACCGGGAAUACCUCAGAAAUGCAAAAGUCAAAGGAAGAGGGACCUCUCUCGAACGAACGGCAAAGGAGAAAAGAGUUCAGGAUUUACCAAAAGGAUCUUUCUCAACCAACCCUGGUGAUACUGGUAUCAUUACUCGACCUUCAACACCUCUGCAAGAGCCAUCCCGCUCGCUUUCAGAUACCCCUCCUAUAGAUGGAGUCCGAGCGAGCUAUCGUUCUUGGAGAGAUGCCAGGGCAAGCCCACCCGUGGAGAAGGCCUGGUCAAUCUGCGAACAGGGUGAUGAUGACCAAGGUGGAUCAGUUGAAAAGGCUAUCGCAGAAGCUUUGUCAGGAGUCGAGCACAAUAACCGCAGCCGGAAAGCAAGUCACAGUCUGAGAUUUUUCAGAGAAGGUCUGCCAGAAGAUAAAACAAAGAAACGCGAAAAUAAGAACAGACCUCAACUAAAAGAUGCGAACUCUUCUACUAAAAUCACCAGCAUUCCGGAACUGGAGCAAUUGGACAUAAGAACGAAGUCGGCACCAGGUUUGAGAAAUGAACCGUUAUCGCCUUUCGCAAAUCCAAAGAUGGGCUUUAAGUCACCAACUCACAGCAAGGGUUUUGAUCCUACUUCUAAUCCGACCGAAGGACUUGCUGCCGAAGCUGGAUACUUUGAUCCAUCUCGCAAUAUUGAAACACUUCCUGCAGAUAAAGUAAGACGGAUGCCUUCUCAACUACUGGCCGAUAUUCGAAAGCACCACAAUUUAACACCUGGCAAUGCUAAAGGAUCUUCCUUUUCAGGAAGCAUACCAGCUCCAGAAUCUGAGAAAUCCAAGUCCGAUUCAGGGGAGGAGAAUUCAAUAGGCAAAUCUCAGUUAAGUCAAAGUGGUAAUGAGGAUGGUGCUGAAUUAGAAAAGACCAAAAGUCGUGAUGAGGGCGAUGAAUCUGGUGAGGAGAAGAUUUCAUCUGCAUUAUUCGUUCCUCACAAAACUGCUCAUGGUACAUCUGAACGGAGGGGCGAUGGCCUGCGAGACAGACUAGACCUUGUUGUGAGGCCUGGGAAUAAUGAUCAACUUCAAUCAGAUGAUUCUGACCCACAACAGUGGCUUGAAGAACACCGAGUCCCAUCCUGUGAAGUAGAUAACACUUAUGACAGUCAAGAAGGUAAAUUACGACCACUGCAGUCGCCGCGUCUUCCUAAGCAGCAUGAGACCCCCGCAGAAAGCAAUGGCUAUAUCACUUCCACAGAUACUUAUGACCCAAGUCAAGAUUCAUAUGAUGAAGGGGGAUCGACAACUUGUGAAGAAUCAAGCUUAACCGACGAUCCUGAGGCAACACCUACAUCUUCAAGACGCCGUCGUCGUAGUUUCAUGGUACCGAUGCCCAAGAUCCAUGUUACCGAAGACCAAGACGAGGCUAGAAAAUCAAAAGGUUCAGUUGAAUUAAUCCCGUACAAGCAUCAAGUUGGCGGUCACACAACUAUGUGGAGAUUUUCGAACCGUGCAGUUUGCAAGGAACUUAAUAAUGGUGAAAAUAAGUUUUACGAGAUAUGUGAGCAAAAGCAUCCCCAGCUUAUGAAGUUUCUACCAAGGUAUGUGUAAAUUUCAUUGACUCAACCCCCGCUUCUGGCAUCGAAGCUGAGUCUUCAUCAAGAGAACAUACCUGCCAUGUCUUCGCUACCACUUUUACUUGAGCUAAUGGACUUAUCUUGGUUGAUUUUUAGAUAUAUCGGUGUUCUAAAUGUGACUUUGGAGAAAAAGCAUUUGAAACCAAAAGUAUUGCCCAAGGAUGAAAAAGAUGCUCUGGUCGAGUCCAAUGGGACUGAUGGGCAAUUGCUAAAAGAAGAGACUGCUACCUCUACUGAUACAAAUGGACACACAACCGCUGACAAGGCUCCAGAGCCAACAAGGAUGAUCAGUCAGUCACUAAAGGCAUCUGCUAUUCCUAUAGCAACUGUGAAUUUUGCCGACAACAGACAUAUUAUACCAAAAAGCUUCCUACAACCUCAUCCGCAUCUCAUUGAUCCCAUUGAGACAACGAGUACCAAGGAUUCUAAUCAGACUAUUCAAAAAGGUCAAAGUCAAAUUCAACCACCACCAAGUGGCGAUUUUACGUUUCGGCCGACUUUAUCAGACAAGCAUGCAGUUAGCUGGGGUGCAACCACCAUCAAUAAGGAACUUCGAAACAAAGUCUUUGGAGAAGCAUUUCUACAACAACCAAUUCCCAUUCAUCGACACAAAAAGCCGGGCUCACAAAGUCGAGCUGUGCGAAAUGGUUCUUCACUACGAAGUGCAAAUUCGGAAUCUAGCUUAAAGUCGGUUCACUCGAGUAAGCCUGCUGAUGGCCAGCCACCCAAGGACUCAAUGCGCACAAGAGCUAUCAAGAGCGCAGCUGAACAAAGAACUGGACUCUCACCAAUGACACCUGUCACAGCCGCCCCACCAGUUUCCACAAAUGACGACAAUGUAAAUGUGAAUGGUCAUGUUGGAAAUGGAGAAGCUGAAGAGGAAUUUGAUCAUAUGGCCGGGACAAGUGCUCCUGAGCCAGAGAUUUCAGGACCUCAAGAUUCUCCAAAACGACCAAAGAGACGUUUUUCAAGUGGUGGCCUUCGUCGCAGGCCAACGGAAGUAGCAGAUGGUCGAGGAAAUCUCAAAUACUUUGAAGAGGCAGAUGAUGCUGGCUACAAGGGUGAUGAAGAGGACGUUUUUACUAUGGAUCCCGAACCUGCUGGUGAACAAAAGGCAUUACCAUCGUCUAUGAAGGAGGAGCCGACCGCUAACACUGCAACUGCAAAUGGGAGUCCUAAAUUGACCUCUACUGAUUCGAAAGUCAUAAUAAAGCGUCCAGUUACUCCGAAGAUAUUACCAAGCCCUCUUGUGAUUCCUCCUCGACCGGUUAAUCCCAAGGAAGCUCAAACGCAAGGGCGGCGCAUUCAAUAUUUCCUCCUUUUGGAAGAUUUGACAGCUGGCAUGAAGAAGCCUUGUAUCAUGGACCUCAAGAUGGGUACUCGUCAAUAUGGCAUCGAUGCAGUUGAGAAAAAACAGAUAUCUCAACGUUCCAAGUGCGAAGCAACGACAUCUCACGAUUUAGGUGUUAGAGUUUGUGGCCUACAAGUUUGGGACGUGAAGACUCAGAAGUACGUUUUCCAUGACAAGUAUUUCGGAAGAGAUCUUAAAGCCGGACCGGAUUUUCAAAAAGCGCUCACUCGUUUCUUGUACGAUGGCGUCGAUGAUGGAAGUAUUCUGCGACAUAUUCCGACUCUCAUACAUAAGAUUUCUACACUUGAAGUUUUAAUUAGAGGUCUACCAGGUUAUCGUUUUUAUGCUGCUAGUCUCCUCCUGUUUUAUGAUGGAGAAACGGUGGAAGAGGAAGAGUCUGACAGCAAUGCCUUUGAGCCAUUGAGCAGAAGAAGAGAAAUCGAUCUCAAAAUGGCAGAUUUCGCAAAUUGUGCAAUCAAGGAGGAUUGUAUGGCACCAGGAAGGCAUUGUCCACCUCGUCACCCUGAUCACCCAGACUUGGGGUUCCUCAGAGGAUUGAAAAGCUUGAAGAAAUAUUUCUUGGCAAUCCAGAAAGACGUUAGAGCAAAGAUGGGAAUCAAGACGAGAGAUUUUCUUGAUGAGCAACGAAGGAUUGAUAUGGAGGAUGAGUAUGAUGAGGAUGAGGCAAAUUUGAGUUAUUAGCUUCGCUCUACUCUUCCUGAUUGUGCUAAUAUAAUUAUUUGAUCGGGGAUGGGAAAACCUGUUGCGAUCACAACAACCACUAUAUUCAUUGUUGUAUAACGGAUUGAAGCUUCUUUCCACUCUUCAAUUCUGUCUGGCUGGUAAAAACAAUGGAGGGUUAGGAGGAAAGGAAAGGACCUGGAUUUUUUUAAUUCGCGCUUUUACUUUUUUGCAUUCAUUCGGAGUAUAGGAAAUGACCUUUCUUUUCUUCAAUUGUUUUUUUAAAUGAUUCAGGACAUGGGAAAUGCUGCAUUAUCAUACCCUGCAUAUCGGUAGGUGUUUGGGUUUGGGUUUGAGUUUGAGAUUCAGAUUCAAAUUGAACUGUUAUUGGUUUUUUGCUUGGGUUGGUCUGGGGGAGGGGGUUAUAUGAGGUUAGG